AUGAAGCUCCUCAGUGCUCUGACAAGUUUGGCCCUUGUGGCUAGAACUCUCUCUUUAGCCGUCGGAGGCAAGCAAAUGUUCAUUGAACGAGAUAGUGAUGGAUUGCAAAACAUUGUCACCUACGAUGAGCAUUCGCUGAUGAUCCACGGAGAACGUGUCUUCACAUUCUCGGGCGAGUUUCACCCUUACAGACUACCAGUCCCCGAUCUAUACCUCGAUGUUUUUCAAAAAAUCAAGGCACUUGGUUUCAAUUGCGUAUCCUUCUACGUUGAUUGGGCUCUUUUGGAGGGCCAGCCUGGAGUCUAUACCGCAGAGGGUAUCUUUGCGUUGGAACCCUUUUUCGAUGCCGCAAAGGAAGCUGGCAUUUACCUCAUAGCUCGUCCAGGACCAUAUAUUAACGCAGAAGUCAGUGGUGGUGGUUUCCCAGGAUGGGUCCAACGUGUUAAAGGACAACUCCGAACGAGAGCCCCAGACUUCUUAGCUGCUACGGAUAAUUAUAUGGCACAUGUUAGCAAAACCAUUGCUGCUGCUCAAAUCACCAAUGGCGGUCCUGUAAUUUUGGUCCAGCCUGAGAAUGAAUACACUGGAUCAAGCGGCCCAGUGACUGGAGGCUUUCCGGAUCCUGAUUACUUUGCCUACAUCAAGAAGCAGCUUAGAGAUGCUGGUAUUGUGGUGCCUUUCAUUAGCAACGAUGCUUCACCCAAGGGUAUCUUUGCGCCUGGGACAACAACCAACGGCACUAUGGAAGCCAACGUCGACAUCUAUGGCCACGACGCAUAUCCGCUAGGAUUCGAUUGCGCCAACCCUUACACUUGGCCAGCUAAGGGCCUCCCAACAAAUUACCAUGCUACCCAUGAAGCACAGAGUCCUUCCACACCCUUCUCGCUUGUUGAGUUCCAAGGUGGAGCUUUUGACCCGUGGGGCGGACUGGGUUUUGACCAAUGUUCCGUGCUCUUGAACAUGGAGUUUGAACGUGUAUUUUACAAAAACAACUUCGCUGCAGGGGCAACGCUGUUUAACAUCUACAUGAUUUUUGGUGGAACGAAUUGGGGAAAUCUCGGCCACGCUGGAGGAUAUACUAGUUACGAUUACGGCUCUAGCAUUGCGGAAAAUCGUGAAAUCUAUCGAGAGAAAUACAGCGAAGUCAAAUUGGAGGCGAACUUCCUCAAAGUCAGCCCUGCUAUCCUCACAGCAAGUGUUGGAAAGGCAGUCACUGGUACUUAUGCUGAUUCCUCCGCCAUCUACACCACCCCAUUGAUUGGAAUUGGUACCUCAACCAACUUCUACGUCGUCAGGCAUGCGGACUACCAGCAAACCACCUCUACUACUUACAAGAUGAGCCUCAACACCAGCUCAGGAGUCAUCGUUGCACCUCAACUCGGUGGCUCAUUGACUCUCAGUGGUAGAGACUCCAAGUUCCACGUCACAGACUACGACCUCGGCGGAACCACACUUCUAUACUCCACUGCUGAAAUUUUCACCUGGAAGAAGUUCGACAGUAAGACAGUCUUGGUAGUGUAUGGCGGACCAGGAGAGCAACAUGAGUUGGCUAUCAAGGGCAAUAGCGUCGCUAAACAACUCGAGGGAAGUGCUGUCACUUCUAAGAGCACCAAUGGUACAACUAUUCUCAACUGGAAAGUCUCAGCCACUCGACAAGUCAUUCAAGUUGGAAACGUCUUUGUAUAUGCAUUAGAUCGCAAUACAGCGUACAACAUGUGGACGCCUGAUUUUGCUAGAACAGAUGAAUGGGGAACAUACACUUCUAACAUUGGAAACAUGUCGUCAGUAAUCGUCCAGGCGGGCUAUCUAGUCCGAAAAGUCUACAUCGACGGUCCUGCUCUCCACAUCGACGGUGAUUUGAACGCCACCGUCCCAAUCAAGGUCAUCGGUGCCCCAUCGAACGUUCGAUCCCUCCACUUCAACACCCUGAAAGUAGACAUCACCGUCGACUCAACAACAGGAGAAUGGAGCGGCACACUUCCAUACACAGCACCCACAGUCAACCUCCCAGACCUCUCCACCUUGUCAUGGAAAUAUCUCGACAACCUCCCCGAGAUCCAACCAACCUACGAUGACUCCCUCUGGACCGUCGCAAACCACCCCUCCACUAACAACACCUACGCCCUGCGCACCCCAACCUCCCUCUUCGCCUCCGACUACGGCUACCACACCGGCGUCCUCCUCUACCGCGGCCACUUCACCGCCACGGGCAACGAGUCCACCCUCGCGAUCCAAACCCAAGGCGGUUCCGCAUUCGGCUCCUCCGUCUGGCUAAACAGCACCUACAUCGGUUCCUGGACCGGCAUCGACAGAGCCACAAACUACAAUUCCACCUACAAACUCCCGAAUCUCAUCGCCGGCAAGAACUACGUCUUCACGGUGGUCAUCGACAACAACGGUCUCGACGAGAACUGGGUCGUCGGACCCGACGAAAUGAAACAUCCACGCGGAAUCCUCGCAUACAGUCUCUCUGGUCACGCCGCGUCGUCGGUGACCUGGAAGUUAACAGGAAACCUCGGCGGCGAGAACUACAUCGAUAAAGUCCGCGGUCCCCUAAACGAAGGCGGUCUCUACGCCGAACGACAAGGCUACACACAACCCUACCCACCAUCUCGGUCCUGGCCCUCCCUCUCCCCCCUAACCGGCACCACAAAGCCCGGCGUAGCAUUCUACCAAUCCUCAUUCCGCCUCGACCUCCCCCGGAACUACGACAUCCCUCUCUCCUUCACCUUCGGGAACACCACUAACGCCGACGGCAGCGUGAGCGAUUACCGCGCCCAGCUGUGGGUGAACGGGUAUCAGUACGGGAAAUACGUGAAUAACGUCGGUCCGCAGACGAGAUUCCCGGUUCCGCAGGGGAUUAUAAAUCCACGGGGAGAGAACUGGGUGGGUGUUGAGGUGUGGGCGCAGCAGGAGGGGGGUGCGAGGUUGAGUGGUUUUGAGUUGGUGGCGGGCGUGCCGGUUUGGAGUAGUUUUAAGGAACCGAGGAUGGUGGAGAAGCCGGAUUGGAGGAAGAGGGAGGGGGCAUAUUGA